AAAUUGUUUUUAAAAAUAAAAUACAGCUGAUCGUCAAGUGAAGUGUUUCCCAGUGUUUCGUUCAUCGUAAAAUGUAAAAUGGUGGUUUUGCUUUAAAUAUGGCGAAUAUGUCGAAUCCUUUACCAUACAUUAUAAAGAGAGAAUGCGGACUUUUAAGUGAUCUAAAAGCGGAGAUAUUUAAUAAACGUCUCUUUGCGGCUAAAAAUCUAUAUCGGCGUGAUUUGGUGUGCCAUUUCGGAUGCGUCAAUGCUAUCGAGUUUUCGAGUAAUGGCGAAUUACUUAUAUCAGGUGGAGAUGACAGGAGGGUGAUGGUAUGGCAGUUUGGGCAAGCCCUUAUUGACAGGGGCAAUCCUGAACCAAUGAAAGCUCUUCAUUCAUCCAACAUAUUCUGUUUGGGUAUCACUACGGACAGUCAGAAGAUUUAUUCUGGUGGGAAUGAUGAUAUUGUUAUAGUGCAUGAUGUAGAAAGCACAAGGCCUCUGGAGGUGCUGCAACACCAGCGUGCGGUGUGCUGUCUCAGCAUUGACCCGUAUAAUGACCGUGUGGUCACAACUGCGGGCAACGAUGGCCGAUUGCUGCUCUUUGAUACAAGACAGUCCGUUCAUGAGUCGCUAGUAAUAUCACGCAGCAGGAAAGCGUUCCACGGCGUGAUGUUUCACCCGCAGCAAACUGGUGUGGUGGUGUCUGCCAACUCGAGAGACGGCGUCGCUCUGUGGGAUCUACGCUCGCCAAAACAUCCGAUUCUCCGAUAUGUGGGCACUAGCGGCUCCUGCCAAAACAGUAUGAGCGUACGCUUCAACCAGUCCGGCACACAUGUGCUGGCUUUGCGCCGCCGCCUGGCCCCCGUGCUAUACUCGGUGCAUUCCCCGGAGCCGGUCGCGGAGUUCUACCACCAGGAUUACUAUAACUCCUGCACUAUGAAGAGUUGUUGCUUCGCUGGUACGAACGAUCAGUUUGUGCUCUCGGGAUCGGACGAUUUCAAUCUUUACAUGUGGAAGAUACCAGACAACGGAGGAGAUUUUGAUAUGGUUGUGGAGCCACCGCAUAUAGUGUUGUACGGUCAUAGAUCUAUCGUGAAUCAAGUACGGUUCAAUUCACAUUAUUGCUUGAUCGCAUCCUCUGGAGUUGAGAAGAUUAUUAAGGUGUGGUCUGCAUUGGAGUACCCACAAAUGCGUGGAGCGUUGUUAGAAGAGGCGCAGGGCUCUGACAAUCCUCGCGAGAUAUACAGCCACGAAGACUAUGUCUCGCUAGUCCACCAUAGCGGACAGUAUCUAACCCACAACUAUACUGAACAGUCAACUAGUGAAGACCCUCGAAUGAUGGCGUUCUUUGACUCACUCGUUCAAAGAGAACUGGAAUGCCUCGCUGAAGAAACCGAUUCAUUAGAUGGAUCUAGCUCAGGAUCGGUUCACGGAAACGUUUCUGACUCAAGUGAUAGUGACCAGAUUGUUGUGGACUUUCUUACUUUGGCACCUAAACGAGUAGCACAGAAUGGAAAUCGUAGUCAACGCUGUCCGAACAGACUGGCGCGCCUCGUCGCGCCGCGAUACCCCAAAAGUGUGCGCUCUCAGAAACGGGGCUCUCUCAGACGUAACAAACAGUCGCGGACGUGUGUGAGCAAAUCCAGUAAAUGUUCGGCCGGCACGAGUGCGAAGGGGAAGAGGACGCCCCUGCGGCGCGCCAGGGGGCCGCGCAGGCCGGCCUCGCGAACUAUAUCUCUACCCAACACUCGGUCGAGGGUGUCAGCUCCCUCUAGUGAACGGACCGACUCCGAUGAACCCACGCAUUGUUUGUUUAGGAAUUCUGAAAGGAUUAUCCGUCCACUGAGGAGAAGAAUGAACAUCACAAGGAGCACUAAAAGAAAGAGUAAAACCAAUAGUUAUAGAAAAGUAAUGAAUCUAAGGAGUAAUGGUAACGCAAUGGCUCAAGACAGUAGUGAUAAUAAUAAUUUUUCAAAUUUUGACAAUUUUGAAGACAAUUUAGCUUUACCUAGCACAAGUACAGGGUACCGUGGCCAAAGCAAUUCAGCACUGUUUCGGAUAGCAGAAGUCGAUUCAGACGACGACCAAUCUGUUGGCAGUCGACCAAUAUCACCUAGGAACCAAAAUGGCAACCAAAGCAUUCCUACCAACCUUAUUAGCAUUGUUCCCACACCCAUCAACGGAUCAAGGGAUUCUUUAGGCGAUUCUUUAACAGUCGAACCACCCGAUUCCGAGAGUAACAACUCAUCCCCUCCCCCAGAACAUAGGUUGAGAAUGAAUUUAAGACGUGUAAGAAGAAAUGGUAGGCUUAGUAUACAACGGUCAGAUUCCAGCGAAUCUCCACCACCAAAGGACAUCUCAGACAGAGUUAACACGGUCACAUUAGACAGACUUUCCCCAAAAAUAGGCUACAAUAGGACGGUAGCAAGACUAAUGAACGAAACAAAUGAAAGCGAACUAGAAAGCAGUUGCAGUACUGAAGGAAGUAUAUGGCAAACUCCAAAUACAAUAGGAACCCCUGAUAGUGGAGUUGGAACGGUCGCAGGAAGCUCCACGAGGAACCAACAGCCCAUGGACGAUGUAUCGGACGACCCGGAGUACCAGGCCUUCAAGUUCAGGCAACGCGUGAAAAAGGCUCGCCGUAAUUACAGAACUCAUAUGGACUCAGACUCCAACUGAAGUAUGUAUAGAUAGAUAUGAAAUUGUGUUCCAAUUUAUUGUCCAGUCCAGUGGCGUAGCUAGGUGGACUAGGGCCUCGGUUCAUAGAGGAAAAAUCGGGUCCCCACCCCCUCUUUCCACAUAGCUUGAACUUAUAUUAGCCUCAAACCCUUAAUAACACUUUUUUAAUUUAAAAUUGUUUCUUAGUAUUGAAUAUAGUCAACAAACUGUAAUAUAUGUAUGUUAAUAGGUUAAUAAAUAUAUGAAUCACCUUUAUUUAGGAGCCCGCUUCUCCUCUCUUUUCAAAGCUUUCUCUUUUCAAGCUUCGGAGCCCCGGUGCACUGCACCACCUGGCCCUAUGAUAGCUAUGCCACUGGUCUAAUCGAAUGUUGAACGCUCGUUUCCCAAAAUGGAGAACCCAGAGACGUAAAAUCAGUAAAGCUGCAUUUACAAAUUCGCAUGAGGGCGAGAGUCCGUUCAUAGUUUCGUCUUCUAGUCUCGGGACAUUGGCAUAUCGAUGAAAUCAACGAGUGACUACGUGCUGCGAUGGCGAAUAUUAUCACACUUCACACUAAUAUUAUAAGUCGAAAGUAUGUGUGUGUGUGUGUUUGUUACUCCUUCACGCAAAAACUA